UCGUUUCUUGACGUGUCUGCUAAUUGUUUGACGUUCUCCACCUUCUCGUGUACGGGGUGAAGGGACUUAGAUUGCCUGUAUUCCGGACAGACAAUCUGGGAGCGUGUGACAGGUGCGGGGUGCUCCAAUAAUCUGUGAAUGCAGUGAAGAACGACUUGGUAUAAGUGGAAGACGUCGAGUCUCUAAUUGUGCAAUAUAAUCAUGAAAGACUCGAGGGAGAACCGUGAAGUUUUGACAAUAUUGUUCCUCUGUUUACUUUGGUAUAUAAUAUCCAGCACCAACAAUGUGGUGGGAAAAACAUUACUGUCAGAUUUCCCGUACCCGCUGACAGCCACGAUGGUGCAGCUAACCUCAAUCACCAUCUACUCGGGGCCUUUCUUCAACCUUUGGGGGGUCCGAAAGUACGCAAAUGAUAUAACCUGGGGAUAUUACUUUCGAUUAAUUGUCCCCUUAGCAUUAGGCAAGUUCCUUGCCAGCGUUUUCGGCCACGUCAGCAUUUGGAAAGUCCCUGUGUCGUAUGCUCACACUGUAAAGGCUACAAUGCCGCUCUUCACGGUGGCGCUCUCGAGGAUAAUUCUGCGUGAGAAACAGACAUGGAAGGUGUACCUGAGCCUGAUGCCAAUUGUGGGAGGAGUGGCAAUUGCAACUUUAACAGAAUUAAGUUUCAACAUGAUUGGACUCAUGAGCGCCUUGGCAUCAACGAUGGCCUUUUCGCUACAAAAUAUUUACUCAAAGAAGGUACUGCACGAUACAGGAAUUCACCACUUAAGACUGCUCCUCGUCCUAGGACGCUUAGCUUUAUUCAUGUUCCUGCCUGUAUGGUUAGUAUCUGAUUUUCGAAAUUUGCUCCACGAUCCCGAAACUGGCGCCUCAGUUGACAUCAGCACUAGAAUUCUAGGGCUUCUUGUUCUCGAUGGGUUUCUUAACUGGUUGCAGAACAUCAUCGCCUUUUCCGUCCUUUCAAUCGUCACACCUCUGACUUAUGCAGUGGCGAGUGCCAGUAAACGAAUAUUUGUCAUUGCAGUGACACUGCUCGUGCUAGGAAAUCCGGUAACCGGGCUGAAUGUGUUCGGUAUGACGAUGGCAAUUCUGGGGGUGCUUUGCUACAAUAAAGCAAAGUAUGAUCAGCGACAAGCCAACAAAAAAGCAACAGUGCUGCCGCACUAUAAGGGCUCAAUCGAAAAUGGCCGCACCAAUUUUAUGGUGAAUGGCUGGGCCAACGAAUCGCAUAAACUUUAUGCGGUCUAGUUUGAAAUUUCGAGUGUAAUGGACAUUGACAUGAACGUAUGAAUUUUCUUGCAUUAAGUCUCAGUGAAAAAAGUCAAGUACUUUUUUUAGGGUGUCCAUACUAAAAUCAUGGGAAAAUAUUCCCUGACAAUUCCAGAUUUUUUCCAGUUCGAAUAUUUCGCAUUUUCUUAAAGAAUCGACUCGGAAUAUGUAUACAGUUUCGCGAGUUUAUCAUAAAUGU